CCUUUAAUGUGGUCGUGCUGACCAAACCCUUGAAGAGCGUCGAGUCCACGACAACCCCAGCCGCAUCAUCAAAAGGGGAGAAUGUCCAAGGCCGACUUUUUAUAACACUCUUUUUAUGUAAAGAAUUUGAGAAUAUACCCUUGAUCAAGAGCCACUUGUGCAUCGUCAAACAAGGAUGGACAACCACCACCCAUCACCAACCUCUAACCACUGGGUUCCCUGCUCGACAUGUUCCCCUGGGGGUGUCCCCGAAUCAGCAGAAGACUCAUCCGGGCCAGAGACAGCACCGGUAUCAACCCCACAUACCGGCACACCCCACGCCAAAGAACCAGGAACCCGAGCCCGCCGAAGGCCAAUCCCGCGAAAGGGACACACAAAGUCCCGGCUGGGUUGCUUCCACUGCAAGAGGCGAAAGGUCAAAUGCCAGGAGACGAUCCCCUCCUGCUCGAACUGCGCGAGGGUCGGACUGGUGUGUGAGUACCCUGAGCGGCCGAGAAUGGCGUCGGCGUUUUCGGCUUCGGUGAUAACGGUGGUCCCAACGAACAGCUUGCAGUCAUCGACGACUACAGUGUUUACGCAGGAGGAUAUGAGGUAUUUUCAUCACUUUUUGGUGACUGCGUACCCGCCUUUGCCGAUACAGGGGGAUCAGAUUUGGAUGCAGACGGCGUGUUUGUCGCAUAGCUAUGAUUAUCUUAUGCAUGCCAUGCUUGGGCUGGCGGCGUCACAUCUUGAUUUGCAUGGGGGGAAUUGCUCUUCGCAAGCGCUGGCUCACCGUGUCAAGGCGAUACAGUCUCUUAACAACAGUUUGAGUAAGCCUUGCUCUUCACAGGCUGAGGGGGAUGCGAGGUUUGCUGCUAUGAUGGCUUUGGCGUUUCAAGCGAGCUGUAUGGCUGAGGGUAUGCCUGAGUUUCUCGCCAUGUCUAGGGGGUGUCAUAUUAUUGCAAAUACCGCUAUGGGCAGCAUGAAGAACUCGUUGUUCCGUGAGUUUACACAGGAAGGGUACUGUGAUAGCGUCCGACGAGUCAUUGGGAUCGUUCCCUUGGAUUUGAGCGAGGAUGAGGAGAUUCUCAUUGGUGACUUUUUGAAGUCUCUGAGGGCACUCGGACCUCUGUGUAAGAGCCCGUUGGAGGUUAAGUUCUUGGCUUCAACAGAGGCGAUUGCAAAAGCUGCCAGGACGUCGGCGUCAGAAGCCUUUUCUCAGUUUGCCGCCCUGUAUUCCUUAUUCAACCACUCCAGCAAUGAAGAGUUCGCCCCCUUUAUCGACCCCAACAACCAUCCAGCCCAACUGCUCUUCAUCCACUUUGUUCUCAUCGAGUUUGCCAUCGGGCACAUUGCUCUCACUACCUGCAACAAAGGUGGGCGUUUUGCCUAUCGAAAAAGAACCUGCAUUGCCUGGAUGGAGAAGCUUGCUGCCGGGCUGCCUGUCGAGUACGAAAAAUACGCAGAGUGGCCGAUGAAUUAUGUCAGGAGGCUAGCUGCUCGCUAGGUGAACGGCCAUCUCUUGACAACAACCUCACGCCUGAGUGUCACUUCCCCCCUCACUCUUCUCUCCCUCUGUCACCUCCCCCCUCUUCAAGCAAGCCCCCGGGUGCCAAACACAAAAUAGCCCUAUCGCCAGUAGCAUCCCCGUCCCCUCAAACACCCAAAACAACCACUCAUUUCGAAAAGCAUACCCGUCAAUCCCUUCCACGAACUCGACCAGCCGGUAAAUGCACCUCACCUAGGUAUUAUCCAUGAUUAGCACCCUCCCUCCCUUUCCCCAACCAACAUCUCCAGUCAGUUGAAGUACUCACGAAAAUCAACCCACUCGACACCCAAACCGCCACCAGCAACCCCCCCCAACCUCCCCCCUUGCUCCCCAGCUGUUUCACCAGAAAAGUAAACCUCCCCAGAACCAAAAGAAAAACCCCCACUCCCGCAACCUGCACUGCCAGCCCAGCAACAAGCACGUCAACUCCCGAUAAUGCCUUCAGUCCAGUCCAGUUCGCCGACGCGGCGAUGGAGGUCCCAGACCCCUGGAUCGCAGCGGCGAGGAUGUCGAACCCGACGAAGAGGCGGGUUAUGAAGCGGGUGGGGAUCUUGAGGAGGGUGUGCCGGGUGGGGAGGGAGUGGGAGAUCAGCCGGCCGAGGAGGAGGUAGUUCCCUGCGGCAAAGAGGAGGGGGGCGAGGACGUGGAGGGUGAGGGUUGCUAUGAAGGCGGCCUUUUUUUGGGUUAGAAAUUAGAGACAAGAAGAAGGGAUGAGCGGGGUUGAGAGGAAGGGUUGGGCUGUGUUCGUGGGUUGGAAGGGGGUCUAUAGGAGGGGGGCGUACAAUGUUCCCCUGGUUCUUGACCGAGUAUAUCCUCAUCGCGUAGCCUGCCACUUCCAGCAAAGCACCAAGAGGGAAGACGGUCAUGUACCAGGUCUUGUACCGGUGAAAGGUGAGGUAGGUGAUGUAGAGACAGGCGAAGAAAUAGAGGAUCAGAAAGAGGAUGGCAGGCGGCAGGGAAGGGGAGUACAUCCAGACGGAGCCCUUUUGGAAGACUUGGGUGGUGGGUAUUUUGGCCAUUUUGACGGCUCCCUACGAGAAAAGGGGGAGACUUGCAUUAAUGGAAAGGAUCAGGCAAUGCAUUGAGAGAAGAGGGCGCUAUAUACACGGGCAUGUGUGUUGACA